AUGAUAAGCAACCUACCCGACGAUAUCAUUGCUCAUAUUCUUUCUUUUCUUCCCAUGAAAGAUGCAAUCCGUACUAGUGUUUUAGCACAGAGAUGGAUAUACAUGUGGACAUAUCUCACAGACCUAUGUUUUGGAGAUAAAGCUACAAUUUAUUCUCAAGAUAAGAUAAACAAAACUACUUUUAUCAACUUUGUAUACACGAUGCUUCUUCAUCUCAAUACUUUAAACAUCAAUAAAUUUUCUCUUUCUCUUUCUGAGAAAUAUGACCCCUACAUUAUCAAUAACUGGAUAUCUUUUGCUUUAAAUCGAAAAGUAAAAGAGAUUAGUGUCCGUUCCAUUCAAGAAUGCAACAUUUCAUGUUAUCCCAUUUUCAAAUGCCAGUCCUUGCAGAAUUUGGUGCUGAAUAUGAAUCAUUCUACCAUCCAAUUUCCGUCUUUCGUUUGUCUUUCAUCCCUUACUGUCCUGAGUUUGGUUGCAAUGAAAAUUACAUGUUGCUCCUCCGAUCAGUCCAAAAAGUUAAAACUUAAAUUCCCAGUUCUUAGAGAGUAUACCUCAUUUGAUUGCAUUUGGUUAGGUGUAAAGCAUGUUACUAUAGAAGCGCCUUUACUUGAAAAGGUUAACAUAUUUCGUCAUUGGUAUACGACGUUCAAUAUGUCACAGGCUGUAAUUGAGAUUCGUGCUUCCUAUAUUACAAAUUAUAGUUAUAUGAGUUAUAUAUCAUCAGAGACCAUUUUGCUAGAUGUUGCACAUGUUGCUGAAGCUUCCAUUUGUCUAACGAAUUCAAAGGUCCAGAUGAGCGAGCAACAAAUGAAGAUCUGUGUUCUCAAACUUUUCAAUCUUAAGAAUUUGAAAUGUUUACGACUAAUUUAUGGUCUUGAAUCAAUGAAAUAUUAUUUAGCUGAUAUUCCUGCAGUUCGAAUGCUGGGUUACCUGCAUAUACAUUGCUCUGUUUCCAUUGAAAUUUUGUUAGCCUUACUUUUAAAAUCACCAUGUCUGGAGACUCUAGUUUUAAAGGCAAUAGAUUCUUACACAGAACUGCCGAGUUUUUCAAUCGUACCCGAAUGUUUUCUAUCUACUCUUAAAGUGGUUUUGGAGAGUAUUAGUUUCUCAUGCUAUAAGCUGAGUGAGGCAGAAAUUGAAAAGGUUAAGGAGAAAACAUUCUUAUUUAAGAGAAGUUUUAAUAUAGAAUUUUCAGCUCAUUCUGUAACAUGA